GAGAAAGUUUAUACGGAGUAUAUAGGAGUAUUAUUUCUUUCUUUUUCCAAACCAUGUUACCCCGGAGUAUUUUUUUUUGCUUUGAUCAUCGAAGCUAUCGACGGUUGAAAUUGUGAGGCAGAUGUUUAAACAAAAGUAGAUCCUCCCUAAAUAUUUGUCUGUCAUUUCUCAAUGUCUCGACUCGAUCAGAUGUUUUUCCUCUUCUUUUCAUACGUUGAUUUGGCUAAGGAAAAAAGGGGUUCCAGUUUUCUUGAAUUACAAUUGAUUGUGGGUUUUCUUUAUUGUUGUUAUCUUUAAACUUUUAAAAGUAUUCCAAUUGGGUAUUUUUAUUUUGGGGCGUUUACUCUGAUGGCACCAUUGAGAGGGUUGAAGAAGAGGAGAAAGGUGGAGAAGAAAAGGGAAGAUGAGGAGGAGGUUAUAGCUGCAAGGGAUGGCUCUACUGAUUGGUGGGCUUUAUUGUCCAAAAGGGUUUCUGGUAGCGUUUCGCCCUCAAAGGGCAUGGACAACUUCCAAUCUAUGUUCAAGAUGUCAAGAAAGACAUUUGAGUACAUAUGCUCACUGGUGAAGGAUCAGAUGAUGCUAAAGUCUGCAAGUCAUCUCUUCACAAAUGGGAAGCCAAUGUCUUUACACGAACAAGUCGCUUUGGCCGUGCGAAGGCUAUGCUCGGGCAAUUCCUUGAUAGUGGUCGGGGAAUCGUUUGGUGCGCACCACUCCACCGUGUCUCAAGUGACGUGGCGCUUCGUGGAGGCCAUAGAGGAAGUCGGGGCCCACCAUCUCCGGUGGCCUUCUUCCGAACCGGAGAUGGACAGAGUAAAAUCAAAGUUCGAACAAAUGCGAGGACUUCCGAAUUGUUGCGGCGCGAUUGACACCACACACGUCACGAUGUUGGUGUCGUCGUCCGAACGGACUGCUGACGUCUGGCUUGACGAGAUGGGGAACCACAGUAUGAUCCUCCAAGCGAUCGUCGACCCCGAAAUGAGAUUCCGUGAUAUCGUAACCGGUUUGCCGGGAAAGAUGGACAACGCGUCGGUGCUACAAACGUCGACGUUCUUCAAACUCUGCAAGAAGGGCAAGCGGUUGAGCGGAAAGAAAGUGAAGCUUUUCGGAGAAGCGGAAAUGGGGGAAUAUAUAGUCGGCAAUUCGGGCUUUCCCCUUUGCCCAUGGAUCAUGACUCCGUACCAAGGGAAAGAGCUUUCGGGACCCAAAGCCGAGUUCAACAAGAAACUUUAUGCAACUCGGGUUGUUGCCCGAAGAGCGCUCGCGAGGCUGAAAGGUGUGUGGAAAAUGAUUCAAGGCAACAUGUGGAGACCAGACAAACACAAGUUGCCAAGGUUUAUACUUGUUUGCUGCAUUCUCCAUAAUAUCAUCAUUGACAUGGAAGACGAGGUUUCGGAUGAUGAGAUACCUCUUCCCCGCCAUCACGACCGUGGGUAUCCGAAACAGGUUUCUGAAUCCGUCGAUGAAACCAGUUCCGUCAUGAGGGAUCAUAUGUCCAUAUAUUUGUAUGGAAAGAAGUUGCAUUCUUGAAUUGGCAAGAAGAAGAAUCAUGAGCAGCAUUUGCCAAGAUGUCCUUUGUAGUCUGGUUUUGUCCCUUUUUUUUAGCUUUGGAUGUUUGUUUGUUGCCUUAAAAUUCCCUACAUUUCCAAACUCCAAUAAAAACUGUCAUUGUUU